CGUCACUCGUCACGUGACGCCUGGCAGUGCCGCGAGGGGUCGGCGGUGGCUCUCGCUCCCGCUGGCACGGUCUGCGCACGGGUGAUUCCCGCCGAAUGAAGCGCACUGAGGCGUGAUGGCGAGGGCCUAGGGGAAGGCACAGACAGGCCUGGACGCCGCCUGUAGCUGCCUUCGGCCUCCCGGCCUCUGCGCUCCUUCCUGCGCCGUUGCUAGGCAGCCGCAUCUGGGCGCGGGAGGCAGGGCGGGCUAAUGCGGAAAGGUACGGGUGCCGGGGAGGGGCUGUGAUUGCAGAGGGUCCGGGUGUCUGGCAGAGGGCUAUGGAGCAGUACUGCAUCCUGGGCCGCAUUGGGGAGGGCGCGCACGGCAUCGUCUUCAAGGCCAAGCACGUGGAGACUGGAGAGAUCGUUGCCCUCAAGAAGGUGGCCCUGCGGCGGCUGGAGGAUGGCAUCCCCAACCAGGCCCUGCGGGAGAUCAAGGCCUUGCAGGAGAUCGAGGACAGUCAGUAUGUGGUACAGCUGAAGGCCGUGUUCCCGCAUGGCGCAGGCUUCGUGCUGGCCUUCGAGUUCAUGCUGUCAGAUCUGGCUGAGGUGGUGCGCCACGCCCAGAGGCCGCUGACCCAGGCGCAGGUCAAGAGCUACGUGCAGAUGCUGUUCAAGGGGGUCGCUUUCUGCCAUGCCAACAACAUUGUACAUCGGGACCUGAAACCAGCCAACCUGCUUAUCAAUGCCUCGGGCCAGCUCAAGAUAGCGGACUUUGGCCUGGCCCGGGUCUUUUCCCCAGAUGGCAGCCGUCUCUACACACACCAGGUGGCCACCAGGUGGUACCGAGCCCCUGAGCUCCUGUAUGGUGCCCGCCAGUAUGAUCAGGGUGUCGACCUGUGGUGAGACGCCUAUGGGCUGGGCAAGGGGGAGUGUGGGUCGUUGGGUCACCUUUUCCUCCUGGGCUUUGAGGUCUCUAAGCCAUUUGGGGGUUUUCCUGCUGUGAGCUCUAGGUUGCCAUGGGGGUGUCUCCCCUGGUUAGAGUAUCUCU